GCUGGGAGAGCAAGACAGGCUCUCAAGAAGGGACAUAAGUGGUUUGAAAGCUCACGGUGAAGCCAGGCCAGCAACAUUAAUGGAGACUGCUGAGAUUCAUCGUAUAGUCAGAGAGAGGGCAUGAAAGGAGCGGGAAUGGCGAGGACAUGACAGCUGCCACAAAUAGCCAACGUAAAGUCCGGCUUCAUUACAGCCACUUCCUGUGACCGGAAAUACUGCAGGAGGGAGAGGAAGGGCUGGCUAACGUCAGGAUGGAAGAAGCGUCAUGUGUCUGGGAAAGCUGAAGCCUACAAGGUUCUCCAUGACCUUUCCCAAGGGUCGUGGAAGCAGUUAAGCAACUGCUCAAGAGAGACUCUGACCAGCAAGGCGCAGAGAGGUCUCUGAGACUGUGGAACUCCUGUGCAAGCCAUGCGGAGCGUUCCAGAGAUUCAGCCGGGUGAUGAUGAUGCGGCUGCUUUGAAGCCAUCCUUGCUCCUGCAAAUGAUGCUUCACCCCUGUUAGGAGCCCCAAUAAAAACUCAGUGGUUCAACAAGUUAGACUCCGGUGCAGUCGUUACUUCAGUCCGCCCUGCAUUUACUCUCUGAGGUGUUAAAUGUGCAGAGCUUGAUGUGUUUUUCUUUCAAGGUGUUAAAUGUGCAGAGCUUGGUAGGACACUCCCGUAUACGUGGCACUUCGGCAGCAGGUAACCGCUUGAGACAGAAGAGCCCUCCAGUCUAAACCUUCCAGAAGCAAAGAUGGAACAAGCCAGCCUCGCCACAAAAACAUCCAGCAAUGUCAUCAGAUGCCGGGCAGCUGUUGCCUGGACCACUAAUGCCCCGCUGUCCAUUGAGGAGGUUGAAGUUGAUCCACCAAAGGCUGGUGAGGUUCGAGUUAAGAUUAUAGCCUCUGGGAUCUGUGGCACUGAUAAUCAUACCUUAGAAGGGAAAAUGAAAACGCCAUUUCCUGUCAUCCUGGGCCACGAGGGAGCUGGAGUUGUGGAGAGUGUUGGACCAGGUGUAACCACUGUAAAGCCAGGAGAUAAAGUCUUAAUGUUCCCUCUUCCGGAAUGUCGAGAAUGCUUCUACUGCCUCUACCCUAAGGGCAACUUCUGUGAGAAAGAAAAUAUUCUCUCUCCAACUGGAUUAAUGUUGGAUGGAACCAGCAGAUUUACCUGCAGAGGGAAGAAAAUCUAUAAUAUAAUGGGGACCAGCACGUUCACGGAAUAUACUGUGGUGCAUGAGAUUGCAGUGGCGAAGAUCGAGGCUGCUGCCCCUAUGGAUACAGUCUGCAUCAUGAGCUGCGCGGUGCCGACAGGCUUUGGAGCUGUGUUUAACACAGCUCAGGUCACCCCUGGCUCUUCCUGUGUGGUGUUUGGACUCGGAGGAAUUGGCUCUGCCAUCGUCAUGGCCUGCAAAGCCUCUGGAGCAUGUAGAAUCAUCGGGGUUGACAUCAAUGAGGAGAAAUUUCCUCGGGCAAGAGCCUUGGGGGUCACCGACUGUCUCAACCCUAACAAGCUGAAGAAGCCUGUGCAGGAGGUGGUGAAGGAAAUGACAGGGGUUGGUGUUGACUUUGCCUUUGAGGCCAUCGGACUCAUUGAAACCAUGGUUGCGGCUUUGAAGUCAUGCAAUAGGAGCUACGGAGUGUGUGUGAUUAUGGGAGUAGCUCCGACCGGUUCCCAGCUCUCUUUUGACCCAUUGGUACUUCUCCCUGGAAGAACCCUAAAAUCUUCUGUUUUGGGAGGGUAUAAAACCAGAGAUGACAUCCCUAAACUAGUAACUGACUACGUUCAAAAGAAAAUUAAUAUAGAUCCUCUUAUAACCCAUAGACUGCCUUUCCCAAAAAUCAAUGAAGGAUUCAGAUUGUUGCAAGAGGGAAAAUGCAUCCGUUGUGUCCUCUCUAUGAGACCCUGAUGGUGACCGGCACACGGGCAUCUCAGCAGUGCUCUUCUAUGCUUCUUUACCUCCUUGGAGAUUAAACUGCAAACUAUGGAGAUCAGAACAGGAAACACACACACACAAUUUUAACGAAUUAAACUGUUAAAGAAAAUAAACUAUCUCAAAACUCU